UUAAAUCGAACGGCUUCUCUGUUGACUCUAUUUUACAAAAGAUCAACCAAUCGUGCAAUAAUGAACGAAGUAGAUCUUGAGCUCAAACUACAUAACUUUGAUAUCGACAAAGUACAAAACAGUGACAGGAGAAAGACUGUUUUCACAGCGGCAGAGGGUGUAAGCACAAAAGCUCAUAGUCUACUGCGAUGUACCACCCAUGAAUAUUAUCAUAUGACCGGAUCUACCAGAUACCAGACUGACCAGAGACGACGGAAAAAAGAAAACCAGAUUGAAUCAAUUGAAAGUGAGAUGCCAUCCUACAAGACAACUUCCUACCAAUCAUAUACUGUCUGGGGGCGCAAAGUAUAACAGAGGACGAAGAAAAAGGAAGAAAAAGAACAAGAAAAAGAAGAAAGCUGCCCCCAAGGCUACAACCAAUGUGUC